CAGGGAGGCCCUGACUUCUACGGCAGCAGCGUGAGCUACCUGGGGGUGCCAGCCCACGACCUCCCAGAUUUCAAUAUCAGCACCUACUUCUCCUCAGCAGCUGACUUCAUUCACCGUGCCCUCAGCACACCUGGGGCUAAGGUGCUAGUGCACUGUGUGGUAGGAGUGAGCCGCUCGGCCACGCUGGUCCUGGCUUACCUCAUGCUGCACCAGCAGCUGACCCUACAGCAGGCAGUGGGCACAGUGAAGGAGCGCCGAUGGAUAUUCCCCAACCGUGGCUUCCUCCGCCAGCUCUGCCAGCUGGACCAGCAGCUGCGGGGUGCAGGCCAGAGCUAAGGAGUCAGAACCAGUCCUUACUCUCCGCCACCAGGCUCUGCCAGCUUGCUACUCUGGCCCUGGCCCUGAUGACAGCCGUAGCACCUUUGGAUGCACCGAUGACGGAAGGGGCCCGGUGUGGGGCUCACCUGAGAGCCUGCCGCUUCAUCUGCUCCCUCCAGCGUUCCCCGCACCCUCCCAGCCGCGGUCUUCAGUCUCCACAGAAGCAGCAUCAAGUGUGCAGAGACGGGCGGCUGGAAGCUGGCAGUACACCCUGCCUGUCAGAGAAGACUACAGCCUGGGCAGGAUCUCCUUACAGGAUGGACUCCCUGCAGAAGCAGGACCUUCGGAGGCCAAAGAUUCAUGGGGCAGUCGAGGUGUCCCGCUACCAGCCCCCCACUCUGGCCUCGCUGCAGCGAUUGCUGUGGGUCCGUCGGACCACCACACUGACCCACAUCAAUGAGGUCUGGCCCAACCUUUUCUUGGGAGAUGCGUAUGCUGCCCGAGACAAGAGUCGAUUGCUCCAACUGGGCAUCACCCAUGUUGUGAAUGUCGCUGCAGGCAAGUUUCAAGUGGACACAGGUGCCAAGUUUUACCGUGGAACACCUGUGGAGUACUAUGGCAUUGAGGCUGAUGAUAAUCCCUUCUUUGACCUCAGUGUUUACUUUCUGCCUGUUGCUCGAUACAUCAGAGAUGCCCUCAAUACUCCCCAAAGCCGCGUGCUGGUUCACUGCGCCAUGGGGGUAAGCCGCUCUGCCACAGUUGUCCUGGCCUUCCUCAUGAUCUUCGAGAACAUGACUCUGGUAGAUGCCAUCCAGACGGUGCAGGCCCACCGAGAUAUCUGCCCCAACUCAGGCUUUCUCCGACAGCUCCAGGUUUUGGACAACAGGCUGAGGCGGGAAUCAGGACGACUCUGAUUUAAGGAGCGCCUGAAGCCCUGACCCCCUCCAUCCAGCGUGGCCCAAACUGACCUGCCUGGCCCUGGGGACGGUAGUCUCCCCUGUUUGCAGAGAUCCUGAGAUUUUUUCCAGCAAGUCGGGCCUCACUGAGGCAGGGCAGGCUGGGUAGUACCCUUCAGCAGGCGGAGUCCCCUGACCCAAUCCAGAAAUUCUUUAUGCAGAAGAAAAUUCAGUCUGUCUCUAUAAUAAAAGGUUCAUCAUAAUAAA